AUGGAAGAUAGAAUAAAAAAAAUUCUUUUCAAUGAAUAUAAUUUAAAUGUAGAAAAAUUGACUUUACUUGAAGGUGGUUUUCGUCCAGAUGAAAUAUAUUUACUUAUUACUGUUGAUCAAAUGAAAUAUGUUGUUAAAUAUAUUGAAUAUAAUCAUAGUUUUGAACAUCUUCAAUCAAUAUUAAUAUUUGAAAAUAUUUUACAUGAUUUAUAUAAAUAUCCAUGUCCAAAAAUAAUUCUUUCUAUAAAUGAACAAUUAUUUAUUUUUGAUAAUCAACGUUGUCUUUUUGUUCAAACAUUUAUUCAAGGAAUAGAACCAAAUAGAGAAAUAAUUGAUAAAAAUAAUUCUUAUUUACAUCAAAUGGGUUCACUUUUAGCACAAUGGAGAAUUGCUUCAAGUCAUUAUUCAUUAAAUAUUCAUUUUAAUGAAGAAGAUCAAGAAUUAACUGAAAAAUGGUGGAAUAAACAACAAAUAAAUAAUAUUGAUCCUUUUCUUCUAUCAAAUGUUAUCGAAUGUAAAGAAUAUUUUAGAAAUUUAAAUGUAAAUUUUCAGCAUGGUCUUAUUCAUAAUGAUUUUCAUACGAAUAAUUCAAUAAUAACAAAUGAUGAAAAGAUCUAUAUUAUUGAUUUUGUUGAUGCUUGUCAAUCAGUAUUUAUAUCUGAUUUAGGAACAUCUUUAUUUCAUUUAUUAAUUGAUAAACAUAAUGGAGAACAUCGAGCUAAAACAUUUUUAGAAGGAUAUCAACAAAUUUUAAAAUUAACAUUAGAAGAAAAAGAUGCUCUUCACAAAUUUGUUCAAUUUAAAUUAACAAUGAGUAUCAUUGCAGAUUUAAAUGCUUCCUGUGAUUUAAAUGAGCCUUUCAUUCAAUCUUGUUUUGAUUUGUUGAAAAAACUCAAAAAUAAUUCGACUUUAGUCAACAAUUUAUUAGAAUAA